AUGUACUCUCCUAUACUUCGGUAUGAUUCCGAAUCUACUUUAGAAAGUCCCUUCCAUCCUCCGCGCAACCAAUCAAAGAGACACCACUACAGUGAAGAAUCAGACAACGAUAUGUCCCCCUUGAAAAGAAGACAGAUUCUACAUGAACCUUCUGAGCUUGCGAACGAACGAAAAUUCGAAACGAAGUACAACUUUAAUGAUUGGAUCACUAGACAUCCAAUAGAAGCUUCAACACCCAUGAGACCUACGAAGGGAAAGUUUCCAACGGACUUGUACAAAGAAGAAUCCACUCCAUUUUCUUAUAGGGAAGAAGCUUCAACUUCUGAAAAAAGUCUAGGUCUAUCUCUAUCCGGAAAACUCUACAGGGACUUCAAAACGCCUCCUACUACUGCCUUCGACAUUUUUGAAAGGACCCAAGUUACAGAAGAGAGCAUUAUCUCGCCUGAACUUGAAGCAGUUAGAAGAAGCUUCUUUGCGGAUUGUUCACUCGGAAUUGAAAAUGAUCAUAUAACCCAACAAUCGAAGGAAGAAAAAACUGGACAAUCAAAUACUGAAGGCUAUGUAAUGGAUCUUAUAGGGUCUUCGCUUCUUCCUCAAAAUCUAAGACCUUAUCGAUACUAUAUCAAUAAAGAUGUGUCACCCAUUUACAAGACAACACGAAGACUAGAAGCUGAAGAUAAGAAAAAUAGCUUAAUCGAUUCAGAAGCAGAGCUAGUGCCAAUAACCACUUCUUUCUUUUUAGAGAAAGAACCUGGGACUUUUCCUAUUCAACCAAUUUUCCCAAAUUGGUUGGUCUCAAAAUUGGCAACUACCGAAAAAUCAAACUUCAAAAACACAAUUCCUUCCACUAAGACUGAAAGAGAGUACUUUCCAGAAGGUGAAGACAAUCAGACUGUGCUCUCUUGUUCGGAUAUCCCAAUUCUGAGUGGUACUAAAAGAGCAUGCAAGCGUUCAACUUCUCAAAGGUUUUUUGAUUGGAUUGAAAAGUUGAAGAGAGAACACGAAGAAAGGAGACUCAAACGUAAAGCCGUAGGCAAAGGUGUGAUUCAACUUACACGUCAACCACAGUAUUCUUAUAAAGACAAAUAG